AACUACCAUGUUUUACUGGAGGAAGUCAGCAAGUCUGCCCCCAUUAUUUCUGGGUCCAGCAGCAUUCUGGAGGAAAAUUCCAGUCUUUUUCUUUAUAUGCUGUUUUCUGGGACCCUGGGCAUCUGCGGCUGUCAAGCGUCGCCCAAGAUUCCCUGUCAAUUCAAAUUCUAAUGGGGGAAAUGAACUCUGUCCCAAGAUCAGGAUUGGUCAAGAUGAUUUGCCAGGAUUUGACCUAAUUUCUCAGUUCCAGAUAGAUAAAGCAGCAUCUAGAAGAGCUAUCCAGAGAGUGGUGGGAUCAACUUCAUUACAAGUGGCUUACAAGUUGGGAAAUAAUGUAGAUUUUAGGAUUCCCACCAGGCAUUUAUAUCCCAGUGGACUGCCUGAAGAAUACUCCUUUUUAACUACUUUUCGGAUGACUGGAAGCACACUUGAAAAGAACUGGAGCAUUUGGCAGAUUCAGGAUUCCUCUGGGAAGGAACAAGUUGGCGUGAAGAUUAAUGGCCAAACACGAUCAGUUGCAUUUUCAUACAAGGGCCUGGAUGGAAGUCUCCAAACAGUAGCCUUUUCAAAUUUGCCUUCCUUGUUUGAUUCCCAGUGGCAUAAGAUCAUGAUUGGCGUGGAAAGGAGUAGUGCUACUCUUUUUGUUGACUGCACCAGGAUUGAAUCCUUACCUAUCAAGCCAAGAGGCCAAAUUGAUGUCGAUGGCUUUGCUGUGCUGGGAAAACUUGCAGAUAAUCCUCAAGUUUCUGUUCCAUUUGAACUUCAGUGGAUGCUGAUUCAUUGUGACCCCCUGAGACCCAGCAGAGAAACUUGUCAUGAGCUGCCAGUCAGAAUAACGCCCAGCCAGACUACCGACGAGAGAGGUCCACCAGGAGAGCGGGGGCCUCCUGGGCCUCCGGGGCCCCCUGGAGUUCCAGGCAUCGAUGGCAUAGAUGGUGACCGAGGACCUAAGGGUCCCCCAGGCCUCCCGGGUCCUCCUGGAGAACCGGGAAAGCCAGGAGCUCCGGGAAAGCCUGGCACACCCGGCGCUGACGGUUUAACAGGACCUGAUGGAUCCCCUGGCUCUGUUGGUCCAAGGGGACAAAAAGGAGAACCUGGAGUGCCUGGACCUCGUGGAUUUCCAGGUCGUGGUAUUCCUGGACCACCUGGUCCUCCUGGGACAGCAGGACUCCCCGGAGAACUUGGCCGUGUAGGACCUAUUGGUGACCCUGGGAAAAGAGGACCACCUGGACCCCCAGGCCCCCCAGGACCCAGUGGAACAAUUGGCUUUCAUGAUGGAGAUCCACUGUGUCCCAAUUCCUGUCCACCAGGUCGCUCUGGAUAUCCAGGCCUACCAGGCAUGAGGGGCCAUAAAGGUGCUAAAGGAGAAAUUGGUGAGCCAGGAAGACAAGGACACAAGGGUGAAGAAGGUGACCAGGGAGAACUGGGAGAAGUUGGAGCUCAAGGACCUCCAGGAGCUCAAGGUUUGAGAGGCAUCACCGGCAUAGUUGGGGACAAAGGAGAAAAAGGUGCUCGGGGCUUAGAUGGAGAACCUGGGCCUCAGGGUCUGCCUGGUGCACCUGGUGAUCAAGGACAGCGAGGACCUCCAGGAGAAGCAGGUCCUAAGGGAGACAGAGGGGCUCAAGGUCCUAGAGGAAUUCCUGGACUCCCCGGGCCCAAAGGAGACACGGGCUUGCCGGGUGUGGAUGGCCGAGACGGGAUACCUGGAAUGCCAGGAACAAAGGGUGAACCAGGGAAACCUGGACCUCCUGGUGAUGUAGGAUUGCAGGGGCUACCAGGUGUACCUGGAAUUCCUGGUGCGAAGGGUGUUGCUGGUGAAAAGGGUAACACAGGUGCUCCAGGGAAGCCUGGUCAGUUGGGAAAUUCAGGCAAACCGGGUCAACAGGGGCCUCCAGGAGAGGUGGGGCCUCGAGGGCCCCGGGGCCUUCCUGGCAGUAGAGGGGAAAUAGGACCAGUGGGACCCCCAGGCCUACCAGGUAAACUGGGAUCUUUUGGUAGCCCUGGCCUCCCUGGCUUGCCUGGGCCCCCUGGACUUCCUGGAAUGAAAGGUGACAGGGGUGUAUUUGGUGAACAGGGUCCAAAGGGUGAACAGGGUGCUUCUGGUGAAGAAGGUGAAGCAGGAGGAAGGGGUGACCUUGGAGAUAUAGGAUUACCAGGCCCAAAGGGAUCUAUGGGUAACCCUGGGGAGCCUGGCUUGAGAGGGCCUGAAGGAAGUCGGGGGCUUCCUGGAGAGGAAGGACCAAGAGGACCUCCUGGACCACGGGGCGUGCAGGGAGAACAGGGUGCCACGGGACUGCCUGGUAUCCAGGGCCCUCCGGGUAGAGCACCGACAGAUCAGCACAUUAAGCAGGUUUGCAUGAGAGUCAUGCAAGAGCAUUUUGCUGAGAUGGCUGCUAGUCUCAAGCGUCCAGACUCUGGUGCCUCUGGUCUCCCUGGGAGACCUGGCCCUCCUGGCCCCCCUGGCCCCCCUGGAGAGAAUGGUUUCCCUGGUCAGAUGGGAAUUCGUGGCCUCCCUGGCAUUAAGGGUCCCCCUGGUGCUCUUGGUUUGAGGGGACCUAAAGGUGACUUGGGAGAAAAGGGGGAGCGUGGCCCUCCAGGAAGAGGCCCCAAAGGUUUGCCUGGAGCUACAGGUCUCCCAGGUGACCCAGGCCCUGCCAGCUAUGGGAGAAAUGGCCGAGAUGGUGAGCGAGGGCCUCCAGGGGUGGCAGGAAUUCCUGGUGUGCCUGGCCCCCCAGGACCUCCCGGCCCUCCUGGUUUCUGUGAGCCAGCCUCCUGCACCCUGCAGGCUGGUCAGCGGGCGUUUAGCAAAGGACCUGAUCAGUGAAAGACUUGGUGCUACUUGGCUGUCUGUGUAAAUCUUGUCUGGUGAAAGAGCUUGGAGGAGAAACACUACCACCACCUUGGAGGAUAAUGUAGUACCUUCAACAAGAUGCAGAAGUCCUGCUUGUCAAUCAGAUUUAGAACAAUGGUGCUAUUCAAUAAGUUGUUUUCCCUUUCCCUUGGAGGGAAGGUAGGAGAGUUAUCAGUAAAAGAUGAAAAAAAUUAAAUUUAAAUUCUAUUUAAAUAAAUUUAAAUCCUCUUCCCAGGUUCUUGACCUGUAGUGUGGUAUACUUAAGUGACAUAUUGUGGGCCACUGUGCCAAUAAACAGAAACAACUGUUUGGUUUACCUCAGUUGUAUUAGUUAUUUCAUUUACUUAGUUCCCCAAUUACUGAUUCAGCUGUAUAGUGGAUUACUAGACUAGUUAUGAAGAAACCCCACUACAUUCAAUAGAAUUGGUGCUUAAAAUCCCCAUCAAUGUGCUCCCUUGAUAGUACAAGAAAGGGCUGUCACGGGGAACCAUUUCCUUACAGCUUAAACUGGUUUUCAUCUUCAGUCUUUUUGUUGGACUGUAUGUACUGUACCCCAAACUCAUCGUGGGGUUCUUCUGUGUGAAAACAAAGGAAUUUUAAUACCCUGACAUUAGUUUUAUUGAUCAAAUUAUUUAUUUCAAAGGUUUGAGGUAACAUCUC